UUGUUAUACCAGAUUCCACAACAAUGGUCCAAGCUACACAGACCAGUAUACAAACUCAGUUUGAAGAGUUCACUACCAACCAACACUUCACCAGCACGGAAUUACAAACCUCAACAGAAUUAUCCAAGUUUUCGUCAUUAGGUGAGUCUUUCAUUUCUUCCUUGUAG